UGUCGGGCAGUGCGGCGGUUCCGACGGGCGAACCGAGGCCAUGGGGCUGCUGUUGCUGCUGGGCCCGCGGCUUUGGCGGGCCCCGGGCCGGGCCGGAUGCAGAUGUAUAGCGACGUCGUCAGCUUCCCGGCCGGCUCCGAACGAAUUGGUAGAAAUGCAGAACGAGCUCUUUAAUAAAGAGAAGACGAGGCAGCUGUCGUUAACUCCCCGGACUGAGAAGAUUGAAGUGAAGCAUGUUGGGAAAACAGACCCUGGCACUCUGUUCGUGAUGAACAAAAACAUUUCCACGCCGUACAGCUGUGCAAUGCACUUAAGUGAAUGGUACUGUAAGAAAUCCAUAUUGGCGCUUGUGGACGGCGAGCCCUGGGACAUGUAUAAGCCUUUGACCAAGUCCUGUGAAAUUCAGUUUCUUACUUUCAAAGAUCGGGAUCCUCGAGAAGUGAAUAAGGCAUAUUGGCGAUCUUGUGCCAUGAUCCUGGGCUGUGUGAUCGAGAGGGCGUUCAAGGAUGAAUAUGUGAUCACUUUGGUCAGAGCUCCAGAAGUUCCUGUAAUUGCUGGAGCUUUCUGCUAUGACGUGGCCUUGGAUAAGAGACUGGAUGAGUGGACCCCGACAAAGGAGAACCUGCGUUCCUUCACAAAUGAUGCCCGCACUUUAAUUUAUAAAGAUCUCCCAUUUGAAACUCUGGAUGUGGAUGCAAAAGUGGCGUUAGAAAUAUUUCAGCACAACAAGUAUAAAAUAGAUUUUAUAGAAAAAAAAGCAUCUCAGAAUCCUGAAAGAAUAAUCAAGCUACACAGGUUUGGUGACUUCAUUGAUGUGAACGAAGGCCCCGUUAUUCCAAGAACGAGUGUUUGUUUCCAGUAUGAAGUGUCCGCCAUGCACAAUCUUCCGGCUUCUGGGCCAGAUCUAGUACGAAGAUUCCAGGGUCUCUCGUUACCUGUUCACUUACGAGCACAUUUUACAAUAUGGGAUAAGCUAUUGGAAAGAUCUCGAAAACUGGUAACUGAAGAGCAAAGUGAAGAAACUACACCAGAAACUCCAUCUCCAUCUCCAUCUCCUUAAAAUUUAAUUAUGUAUAAUAAAUUAAAAGAUU